GUUUGUGGAAGAUGGUGCCUGUUGUGACAGGGAAGUUUGGUGAGCGGCCUCCACCUAAGCGACUCACUAGAGAAGCUAUGCGAAAUUAUUUAAAAGAACGUGGGGAUCAAACAGUACUCAUUCUUCACGCAAAAGUUGCGCAGAAGUCGUAUGGAAAUGAAAAACGAUUUUUUUGCCCUCCUCCUUGUGUGUAUCUUAUGGGCAGUGGUUGGAAGAAAAAAAAAGAACAAAUGGAAAGAGAUGGUUGUUCGGAACAAGAGUCACAACCCUGUGCAUUUAUUGGGAUAGGAAAUAGUGACCAAGAAAUGCAGCAGCUGAACUUGGAAGGGAAGAACUACUGCACAGCUAAAACAUUGUACAUAUCUGAUUCAGACAAGAGAAAGCAUUUCAUGUUGUCUGUAAAAAUGUUCUAUGGCAACAGUGAUGACAUUGGUGUGUUCCUCAGCAAGCGGAUAAAAGUCAUUUCCAAACCUUCCAAAAAGAAGCAGUCAUUGAAAAAUGCUGACUUGUGCAUUGCCUCAGGAACAAAGGUGGCUUUGUUUAAUCGGCUUAGAUCCCAGUUAGUUAGUACCAGAUACCUGCAUGUAGAAGGAGGAAACUUCCAUGCUAGUUCACAACAGUGGGGAGCAUUUUAUAUUCAUCUCUUGGAUGAUGAUGAAUCAGAAGGAGAGGAGUUCACAGUCCGAGAUGGUUACAUCCACUAUGGACAGACUGUCAAACUUGUGUGCUCAGUUACUGGCAUGGCACUCCCAAGAUUGAUAAUUAGAAAAGUUGAUAAGCAGACAGCAUUACUGGAUGUGUUCUGUGACAAGAAUGGAAAACUAAGACAGUGGGCAUUACGAGCUGGAACCAUGUUCUCAGAAUUAUUAGAGAACAUGUAG